UGGCAGUUUUAGCUGCGCGAACGUUGUUGCAAUUUUAACUGUUGAAGCGAAAAGGGCUCGAGUAUUUUUUAAAGCGAUACGAAAGUUAGCACACAACAGAUGUAUUUGAGAAUUUCAGGCUUUAUAAAAUGUUUCCACAAAGCAAUUUGUCGACGAAAGACAUCUUAAAACUACAUUUCCCAUGAUGACUGUGCAAUAACCAACUCAGGGUCAAAGUGCGAAAAAAAAAAGAGUCAGAAUCGUUUGUUCCUUUGAUCACAGAUUGAGCAUGGCUUCAGACGGGUUAGGAGUGUCACCAUUUCCAGCAGAGGACCCUAGAGAUGAUGGGACCCACCUGACAGACACACCCUGGCCAGAGGCAGGGGUCCCUGCUGACCCUCACUGUGGCAAAGACGUCCUAAAAGACCCAGCAGAUUCAACAGAACAGGCUGGAGUCAACAUUUGCCAAUUUUUCCUGAAGGGAAAGUGUCGUUUCGGCCACAGAUGUAAUUUCUCUCACAGUAACACAUCAAUAGAUGAUUCAGGGGCUGUCUCAUCUGACCAGAGUGACAAACAAGAUGGCGAAAAGAUGGAAAAACACAAGAAUAAAGCCACAAAGCCAAAAUAUGAGGAAAAAGCAAAGGUGAACAAAAAGCCUCGCAUGCGCACAGCAGAUGACGUUAUCUCUCGGAUACUGUGGGACCCAUCGGUGGAUGGAUCAGAAUUUGCAGUGGGCUAUGUGGAUCGCUUCCUUGGUGUGCUGGAGCGUCCCUUCAAUGAGUUCAACUGGGACACUGACCCCUGCGACUGUGAUUACUCUUCUGAGCUGGCCCUGCCCAGACACAGGAUCCAGUACUUCACCUACAGAGGGCACCGCGUCUGGGACCGCCACAGUAGGACAGACAGGGUGUUUGGCUCCACUGGUCAAUCUCUGGCUCCCCCCUUUGGAGAGGAGGAGGAAGUAAAGGAAAUGAACACAGAAGGCCAAGACAGACUUAUAACAACAGAAGAUCAGCCCCCUGGUGUCUGUGGGCAGGAAGAGAGUAAAACAGACGAAUGUACUCAUACUGAGAACACACAUCUGGAGGAAGAAAAGCCGACUGAGAUGAAUACUUUCACCCCUGACUCAACGCAAUCCUCUCCAAAGUGUCAAGGAAACACUUCUCCGGAACAACUGGAAUCACAAGUAACAUGUAUUUUGGAGGAGGGUGCAAUGAGACCUACGGCUUCAACAAACCAAAUGUCCUUAUCCCAAAAAGAGGGUGUAAGUGUAAAAAUGGAGGGUGCGGAAGAGAUUGAAUGGAAAGAAAGCUGGGAAAAUAAUGAAGAUGCUUUGAGUUACCUUGUUGCGAUGAACAUCAGCCAAAAUCCAUUAGCCCCUCGGAAGCAGAGAGAGGAGAAGCGUGGUGUUGGUCGCCCCCCUAAAAAACGACCCACGCACUUCAUCACCUUCAAGGCCAACACUCCUGCUAUCCUCUCCGGUUUCCAGCAGCUGAAGGAGGAGAUCACCUCCCUUCUGCCCUCCUCUGCCCCUCACUGGCAAAACGCCCCGAGCCUCCAUGUCACCAUGUGCCUCCUGAAUUUGCCCGGCCCAGCUGAGGUAGCUGCUGCUGGGGAGAUCCUGCGACGGUUUGCUCAUUUGGAUCGUAACCCGCCGGUGUCUCUGACCUUCCCCGUGAGGCUGAAACAUUUCAAUGGGAGGGUGCUGUUCCUCAGCCCCCAGCCUCAGCUUCACCUCCAGCAGCUCAACAGUGGCCUGCAGGAGGCCUACAGGAAGGAGGGCUUUCUCCACAAGGACUCCUACAAUCCGCGCUACCACCUCACACUGGCCAAGGUAGUGGGUAUUGAGGGAGACAGGAUUUUUGAAGGGGUGAGGGACCUAAAGGUGGGCAAGGGUUUAAAUUUUGGCCGUCUGCCAGUAAACACCUUACACCUUUGUGCAAUGGGAGGUUCCAAAGUAGAUGGUUUUUAUCAGACCGUGUGCACAGUAACUCUUCGAUAAUAGAAGAGUGGGCCAUUUUGCAUGCAUGUAUGUUAAUACCUCUGAGAUUUUCACUAGCCAUGUGGCCUCAUUGACCAAAUCUAAUGUCUGUGUUUUAAGUUUUUAAAAUGUUUAAGAUGUACUUUUAAAGAUUACCAGGUUAUAUAAAGUCCUAAAGGGAGUAAAAUUAUCUUAGCACUUCAAAAAACGCUAUGUUUAAUUAUAGUAAAACAGUAUUAAGAUGCAAAAGUCUACUACACUUAACUUAUGAUAUGAUGAAAAAUACAUUUAUUUUCCUUAAUGAAUGCAAUUACAUCUGUUAAGGGCGUACAUCGUAAUAUCUCCUAUUGAUAUUUCAAGAUGAGAAAUGUACACACAGAAGAAUACAGGGAAUUUAAAAUGCGAGCUGAUAUAAAACAUCCAGAGCUUGCUAAAAGCAAACUUUACCUGCCUGAACAGAAGAAUAUUUUAUCAGUUUUAUCAGUUUUUUAAUUUGUUCUAAAUUAUAAAUGCACUAUAAAUCCCACAAGUGCCAAAUAAAACAUCUUUCAACAUUAGAUCUAAAAUUCAAUUUCAAUUCAAUUUCAAUUUUAUUUAUAUAGCGCUAAAUCACAACAACAGUUAUCUCUUUGUGCUUUUCAUAAAAGAGCAGGUCUAGACCGUACUCUGUGAUGUUAUUUACAACCCAACAGUUCCCACCAAGGGCAAGCACUAGGCGACAGGGGCAAUCAGAAAAUUAUAAGUCAAUGAAUUGAUCAGUGGAUAAACAGAAAAUUACUUAGCAACCACUUUUGAUUGAUUUAAUUAAAGUCAAGCAAAAUGCCCUAGUGCUAGCUUCUCUAUCUCUACUGACAUGCUGAUGCUGCUUUACUUGGCCUGAUGUUGUAGUAACAUGAACAUUUUUGUUUGAUUGUUGGUUACUAAACAGAUGAUUUAAAGAGAUUUCCUUUUUUUCUUUACAAUUUUCAAAAAAAUGCAUUGAUCAAAAUGAAUGAUUUAAAUGAGAGAAUAAUCAGAUUAAUUGCUACACAAUAAUACCAUUAGUUGCAGCUGUAGUCAAACUGGAACCCUUAGUAUGAAUCAUGAAGAACUGCACUGUACAUAGUUCAUAGUCUAAUCUGCCUUUAGGCCCUGAAGGGGACAAAUGGAAAUAGUUGUGAAAGGUUUUAAAUCAGCUUUGAGUCAUUAAACUCACAGGAUGCAGAGUAGAAUAGGUACUUUCUUUAAAUAUAACAUGACUUAUGUAGAAAUAAAUUUCCGUUGCCUCUCAUUAUAAUCUGAUGGGCAAAAUAAGGUGUUCAGGGCCAACUUCUCUCUUUACAUUGAUAUUGACUGUUUUACAACUACACAGACUGGACAUAUGCGCCAUAAAGGCAUACGUUAUGUAUGAGGCAUAAAUAUGAGGGGGAAAAUGUGUUUUCUUUACUGAAAUGAAUUAGCCAAAGUAGUUUUACUCUGCUGCCUAUAAUAUAUAAUUCAUAUGAAUGUUGUAUGGAUGGUGUUCUACAAGAACGAUGACUUUGUAUGCCGUUUACAAUAAAUUAUAACCGCUAGAUUGUGAAGGACAUUAAAUAUUGAAUUGGUUAUUUUAAA